AUGGGGAAUUGUCCCCGGUCGCUCAUCUCCCUACCAUCCUCGUCCUCUUCGUCGCCAUCCCCUCCGCCAUCCCCGCACCGAGAACCUCGGCCGACGGCUGGCGACGCGACGGCCGGCGACCGAACUGGCCAGCUCUCUAGAGUAGGUUCUGGGGCAGAUGCUGGGACUAGUUCACAAUGGCCGUCCAAGGGUUCUCCAGGAGGCUGGACGUCUCCCGAGCAACCAAGGCCUUCCCCUGUCCAUGAGUUGAGAGCCCAGGCUGGGUCUGCCCCGAGCCCUCCGACUGGGGAGGAGCAACCAGCUUCAGGGGAGGCCGUCGUGACAAGGGUGGCACUGGCGCGGCCGCUGUUGGGGUCCCCGAGCGCCUCUGCUGAAAAGGCGCCAAGGGGACCCAGCUCUCGGCCAUCCACUGGACAGGCCCUGGAACCCCUCCCCGAGGUGCUCGAGGCGGCCAUUGCGGCGAAGAGGGCCGAGCUCAAAGAGGAGCGCACUGCCCUCAUCAACGAAAGGGGCCGGCUGGAGGAGGACCGCAAACUCCUGGAGAACCGUGUGGCCACGGCCCGCACAGCCUACGAGAGGACCCUGUAG